AUGGAGCUUGCUGCCCAUGGAACAACACAUUCUGCCGCACUGAGCCUGCAAGAUUACCCACCUGCCACCACGCCGGCGCGCUGCAUGCCUCGGACGGCGGUGCCGGCGCCCAGCCCGAUGUGCAGGGACCGGCGGCCGCCGGGGACGAUCGCUGCGCCAGCCAGCUGCAGGUGGAAGGCGGAGUACACCGAGUGGCCGGCGAUCUGGGCCGGGGCGAGGAAGACGCCGCCCAUGAUGCUGUGCCCCAGGCGAAGCAGGCGAAACCUGGCGAUGGCAUGGGUGUGUGCGUGUGUGUAA